AGAACGCAAGCGCAGCGAGUUUUGGCCCGUUCUUUUCCUUUUGGCUUUUCCUUUCCAUUUCUAUUCCCGUUCCGUUCCGGACAUACCGCUGCGCACUACGCAUUGCUUUAGCUCGGCACGUGCAUUUGUCUUUGGCUUUGGCUGUAUUUCACAAUGGACGCGAAAAUAUCUCUAUCCUUGGCUUCAAAGGGCAAACCGAACAGCCGAGGGCAAUUGGAGCUGACUUUGGGGCAGCUAUUUGAGGAAGUCGGAAACUCCAAUCGAAAUCGCCCGCUCACCUGGUGCGCCUUUCAGAACGCGCUGCUGAGGUCGCGACUGCGCGGCAGGCUUUGCGACCCACUGCCUCAGCAGACAAUCGGCAAGGUGACCAAUCUGCUGCAGAACAUUUCCACGCAGCCCCUGAUGAUGGAGGAGGUGACCACCUUGCAGAUUUUGUCGUGCAUCCUGUACUUGCUGCCUUCUCCACAUCUGUAUCAGGGCGAUCACAGCAAACAGAAGGCGAGGGAACUGGUAAGGAGCAGCUACAGGCUCAUCCCCACGCUGGACCCAAUGAUGGUGCAUCAUCUGACUAGCCGGUUAGUGGACCACUUCGCCGUGCACCAUCAUUCCCCCUCGUUGCCUUCCAAGACGAACUUGCUCCACCUGGCCAACCUGCUGUGGAAGAACAGCGGCGCGGGCCGGGCGGUGUCUGUCUGCCUGCUCUGGUGCAUCAUCUUCGGAGCUGCCCACAUAGCCCCCCACAUCCACCAGUUCCACGACCUGAGUGAACUGCCGCAUCUGUUGGAGAGGAUCAGCGUGGAGAACUUGAGCCUAAAUCGUCUCGACCAGGUGGCGGCUGGUGUUGCUCUUCUCCUUUACCGGCAACUCUGUUGCCCAGAUAUUGACGAGUUCCUAAACAGCGGCUACCUGUCCUUCUACUUCCGCAUCCUGCCGGAAGAUGUCCUGAAGAUCAGUAGCUGGUUAGAGCGAGCCCUGCGGUACCAACGCCGUGUCGGAUUUGCGGCGCGGCACCUGAAGAACUCUCUUGAGUAUCUGACACAGAAUUCUGUCCAGUGGUGUCAGCAUUGCCGUGGCCCUCGGACGAGAUCUGAGUCCGCCCCGGGGUCGGAAUCCUGGCCCAAGAACUGCGUGCUCAGUCUCAUACGCAAAAAGUAGCCCUGGUAAUGGCUCGGGGAGG